UAAAAGCCUUUUUGCUCAAUGAUGGAACACUACUUUAAGAAGUGGAAUCUCUCAUAUCUCUCCCUAUAAAUACCCUUUGUAUGCUCUUAAAGUUUUUAGAGCAAGAGAAGAGUGGAACAAAACAAGCUCUUCAUAUUCUGAAAUGGGUGAAGAACAAAAGGAGGAGGAGAAGAAGGAAGAAGUAAAAGAGGAAAAGAAAGAAGUGGAAGAAGAAAUAGUGCUUAGAGUGGACAUGCAUUGUGAAGGAUGUGCAAAGAAAGUUGCAAAAGCCUUGAGAGGAUUUGAAGGUGUGGAAGAAGUGAAGACAGAUAGUAAGGCAAGGUUAGUAGUAGUGAAAGGAAAGACAGCAGAUCCAAUAAAAGUAUACGAAAGAGUUCAAACAAAAACCGGAAGGAGGACAGAGCUUAUCUCUCCGAUACUGAAGGAACCGGAAGAGGAGAAGAAAGAAGAAGCUGUUGAUCCUCCACAAGAAGAGAAGAAGGAAGAGCCAAAGCCAAUAACAGUAAUUCUGAAUGUCAGAAUGCAUUGUGAGUCUUGUGCACAAGUUCUAAACAAGAGGAUCAAGAAAAUGGAAGGUGUUGAAUCAGUAAUGACAGACAUAUCAAAUAAUCAAAUAAUUGUGAAUGGUUUUAUUGAUCCUGAAAAGCUUGUUGAUUAUGUGUCUAAAAGAACAAGAAAACAAGCAUUCAUAGUGAAAGAAGAAGAGAAGAAAGAUGAUGAAAAAGCUGAAAAGGAAGAGAAACAAGAAGAGAAGGAAAAUGAGGAAAAAAAUACUGAAGAUGAAGAGAAGAAGAUUGAGUUGCAGAAAUUUGAGCAUUGGUCAUCACCAGGGUAUUACAUUCAGUAUGCUUAUCCACCUCCACAAAUUUUUAGUGAUGAGAAUCCAAAUGGUUGUUUCGUUAUGUAAUCUUUGUGUUUGUAACUCGUUUUCGUAUUUAUAUAUUUAAGGAAAUAUUUAUGUAGUUUUGAGUAAAUGAGUUUUUUCAUACAACAAUAAAAAUAAGUUGUUAGUCCCAA